AUGGUGGGAAACCAGGUCAGCUCUUGAGGUGAGUGGAAGAGAAACUGAUAAGCUGAUUCCCCAGUGAGAGAGAUAUAGGGACAUUUGGGGGAGGGAGAGAGAGUGAGUGAGGGAUACAAAGACACCCUAAGGGGCCCCUUUUGUAUACCUCUUCAAUUCUCUAUUAUACUGUAUCUCAUGCACCUUUAAAUCCAGGAGCUAUCCUGACAAGAAUGGAAGACAACCAAGCCCUAAACAGUUGCUCUCCAUUUGUCUUAUAUGUCUCAAAGAAUGACUCCAAACUUGAGGGUCUGCAGUUAACUUUAAUUUUCAUGCAAAUAUACCAUUCACAUCAAUCUAAGGUUUCAUGUGAAAGUAUACACAUCUCUAGUUAUUUGGCACACAGCUCCCAGAUCAGUGGUCUUAUGUGUUCUGGCCUGUGAAGAUCAGGGUAGAUCAGAUCUGAGCAGAGACUGGAGCAUUCCUCUUUUUAUUGAGUUGGGGGGUAAGAUGUCUUAUGUCUUCAUAAAGUAUGCUGCGGUAGGAUUUAGUGUACAUCUUUACUAGAUCAUCCUGACUGUAAAUGAUCUUAUCAAACACCUGUCUGUCUGCCUGCCUGCCUAUCUGUCUGCCUGUCUGUCUGUCUGUCUGCCUGCCUGCCUGCCUGCCUGCCUGCCUGCCUUCCUGCCUGCCUGCCUGCCUGCCUGCCUGCCUGCCUGCCUGUCUGUCUGUCUGUCUGUCUGUCUGUCUGCCUGCCUGUCUCUCUCUCUCUCUCUCUCUCUCCCCCCAUGUCUCUCUCUCCCCCCAUCUCUAUCUUCCCCCUGUCUCUCCCCCUCUCCAACCCCCCCUGUCUCCCUUACCCCUCUCUAUCCCCUCCCCUCAGGGGCAGGCCAAGGUGUUUGCGUUGCUGCAGGCCCCAGACCCCUUGCCAAAGGAGGCAGAGAUCUUCAUCGUUCUAGAAGGUUCUACGCUUGCCCAUGUCAUCAGAGCCCAGAACGAUGUCAUGCUCUGCUUCAUCGUGCCUGGUGAGAGAAAUGGUGUAGAGUGAAGUUGUCCCUAGACACUGAUCUGGGUUCAGUUGAGCAUUUCCCCACUAGUGGUUAAGGUUAGGAUUGGGGAGGAAAAGCUGAUCCUAGAUCUGUAACUAGUGGAAAUUUCACCCCAAAGUGAGAAGGAGAGAGAGGGGGUCGGGGCGGGGGUGUGAGUGUGUGUGUUGUGUGUAACUGCCAUCGUAAAGAUGACUAUGACCGAUGACUAUGAUCAUCUCUAUGACCAGUGUGUGUGCGUGUGCCCAGACUUCUCUGUGAGUGAACCCUGUUACCUCUGGGGAUCAAACACAGUAGGUGCGUCCCAAAUGACACCCUAUUCCCUACAUAGUGCACUACUUUUGACCAGAGUCCUAUGGUCAAAAGUAUUACACUAUAUAAGUAAUAGGGAGCCAUUUGUGACGCACUGUGUUGCGUCUGAGACUGGGCUCUGAAAGGAUGUAGUAUCUUAUCAGCUUUCUCUCAGGAGGGAAACGGUCAGACUCAGCACCUCAUAAACAACACCAACAAUGGAGAAACCCCUGGAGAACUGUACACUCUCCCCUGGCUGGCUGGCUACAAUACACAUUACUACACUACCACUCCCCUGUGGGUGUGUAGGUUUUUGCUCCAUCUCAAACACUAGCAAUCCUGAUUCAACUAAUCAUCAUGUCUUCAAUCUAGCAUAAUUAGUUGAAUCGGGUGUGUUAGUGCUGGGCUUGAACAAAAGCCUGCACACUGUGUGGCCUCUUGUUCUAAACGUGUUUUCUAAACAAAGUUUCCCCUAGGUACAGAUCUAGGAUCAGCUUCCCCUCUGCCGAUCCUAAACUUAACCAUUAGUGGGGAAAAUUCUAAACCGACCCAAGAUCCACGUCUAGGGGCAACUUCUCAGGUUGACGUUUAUUGGAAUGAGUCUUGUCCUUGAAGCAGAACUGAGCGAUUUACUCUAGAUGGACCAGCUGCAAAGUCAAAAUUGGCUAUAUAUGACUAGUUUCAGGAAACUAGGCAUAUGCCGCGGGUCACUACUUCACAGGAGAGCCAUUUGCUUUGCUAAUUAUAGCCUAAUGUUAGCUAGCUAACAUUGAACCAGGUUGGUUAGCUACCUGCAGAUUCAUGCAGGGUAGUAACAUCAUGAGUUGGGAUUAUGGUUCAUUGUUUACCUAGCUAGUUAGCUACAUGUCUUAACAAAAGACUCCACUAUGCAAGUAACCAUUUUGGGUGCGUUCGUAAAUUCAGUUUUGAGUAUGCCAGAGCACAGAAUAACUGAUGAAUUUCCAAACGCUCAACACCCGUUGAAUAUGGCCGGUGUCAGUAAAAGUCGGCAAAAAAGCAUAAUUAAAUUGUUGCCAGCAGCACAGUUACAGGUCACCAAUGCUCUGGAUAACAUGAAAACAACCAGCUUUACUAGGGCGAGUAAAAUGUUCAGUGGGUUGUUCUCUCAUUUGUGUCUGGAAGUAGCUAGCAAGCUAGCCAAUGUUAGCCAGUUAGCUUGGGUGCUUGACUGCCGUUGUGAGGUCAGAAUGCUCGGAUCAACGCUACUCAUCGGCCAGAGCGUCCAGUAUGCGCUCUGAGAGCAAAAUGAGAUGGGUGGGGCUAAAGCUUAAGAGGGUGUGAACGAUGCUGAAUGGGUGUAGACAAAGUAGAGCUCUCCAGUAGGUACCAUAACAUUCAAAGGCCAUUUUCUCAAAAGUGAGAUUACAAGUUGAUCAACUUUCAAAGCAGAAUUACUUUCCCUUUGUUCCUCAAAUGCAGUGUAUGAUAUACAAUUUUGUAGCUCUGUGUCGCUGCUUUUAUCCAAUGUAAAAAACACAAUUUCAAAUUUUGCUACAUAAGGCUGAAUCAAGGCGGUCGGUCACAUAUUGUAAAAAUUCAUAAAAACGAGCUUUUGAUCUUCAUUUAAGGUUAGGGUUAGGCAUUAGGCUUAGCAGUGUGGUUAAGGUUACGGCUUAAGGUUUAAAAUCAGAUGUUAUUACUUUGUGGCUGUGCCAGCUAGUGACUACUCUGCAAAGCUGCCUCCAGAACAAGAUUCAUGAUGAAAAGCGCUAACCUGCGGCAACUUCCCCCUACCAGUGUUUCCCAACUCCAGUCCUCGAGUAUCCCCAACAGUACACAUUUUUGUUGUAGCCCCGGACAAGCACAACCGAUUCAACUUGUCAACUAAUCAUCAAGCCCUCGAGUUGAAUCAGGUGAGUUUGCCGGGGAAACAACAAAAAUGUGUGCUGUUGGGGGUACUCGAGGAUUGGAGUUGGGAAACACUACUCUACACAGUUGUAAACACUCUGUGGUGUAACAUCCUGUCCCAUUGUUCUGUAGGUCAUAAUCUGGCUGAGACUGUCUCAGUCUGUGCUUACCUCUACUCUGAGACCACACCCUUUACCUGUGUGGGAGGGUCCAGGCUCAAGUAUGUCCAGGAUGACGCCCAGGUAGGGUUGGCACCCACACACACACACACACAGACACAUACACAAACACAAACACACACACACACACUAGCAACAAUCAUUGAAAUUGUUAAAAGGUUUUAAAAACAAUUAUAAUAAAUCCAACGGUUGGAACAUUUGGAUGAAGAUACUCCAAACUGAAUUUUGUAAAAAAUAAAAUAUAUAAUCCAGCAUAUAUUGACUGAAUUGUAGCACAUAAAACAUUUUAAUGGAGCUGACAAAUAAUGUUCAGAGAUUUUGGUGGGAAUUCAGGCAUUCAAUUUAUUGAAAAAUUUCACUAUUGUUUUUCGUAGAAUGUACUCAUACAGUAUAUACAUUUUAUUAUUGUACCAGCUAUGUUUUUGUGUGUGUGUGUAAAAAUAAAGACAAUUAUAUGUGCACAAUUUGCAUAAAUACACUGGGUGUAUUUGCAUAUAUUAAUGAAUUAGCAUAAAUUGGAGGAACAGGGCUGCAACCACUAAAGCCUGUCGCAUGCUUCUCAGUCAUUAGAGAUUCUACAAAUAGCCACCCUUUGCCUUGAUGACAGCUUUGCACACUCUUGGCAAAGGGUGGCUAUUUGAAGAAUCUCCAAUAUAAAAUAUAUUUUGAUUUGUUUAACACUUUUUUGGUUACUACAUGAUUCCAUAUGUGUUAUUUCAUAGUUUUGACGUCUUCACUAUUAUCCUAUAUUGUAGAAAAUAGUAAAAAUAAAGAAAAACCCUUCAAUGAGUAGGUGUGUCCAAACUUUUGACUGGUACUGUAUGUGACAUGGUACAGGUGUCUUCUUUUUUUAUGCCCAUAACCAUGUGUGUGAGGUGUAUACUUUUGUUUCAAAGUAGAUUUGUUUAAGAAACACUCUGUGUGACCCUGAUUUAGCCCACUGCAGUAAAAGGUUUUAAGGGAGUAUGCGAGGCACAGAUGUUCGCUUCGCUUCAACUAGCCGAGUUCUGUUAGGAGCAAACCGAACCUAGUAUGCGGGUGCCUUUACUCUGUCUACCCUACCUGCACUCACCUGCACUAUCUAGACUGCCUCAUUAAUUUCUGUUGUUGUCGAUUUCUCUUGCGUAUUUCAACAAGUGUGUCAAUAGCAGGAUACCAUCUGAUUAAAAAUCAACACGCUUGGCUCUCGAUUACACCUAUCUAAAAAUACCUUACAUUGUUUGCGAGAUCAGACACAAUAUCACUAUAAUCCGAGUGUUCCUUUUCGGAAGUUGCUUUUAUUUCAGCGCAUCUAAUUUGUAAACAUUUCAAAUGUAUUAAUGUAUUAGUUUUUUCAAUUACACAAAAAAUUAACAUUCAUCAAAGUAAAGUUAUCUUUCUUCUCUUUCUUGUGGUGUAAGUGUCGAGACAGUGCGUUAAAUCCUGACAAAGCUUUAGCAUUCUUAUAGAUUCAACGGAAAGACACUAAGUCCCAUUGAGCCCAUUUCAUCCAUUGUGUGUUGACAGGUAGUUAUGAACAUUUCCACGGUCAUAACGUAAAUGGGGAAAAAACAACAGGCACAAGCAAGAGUAUGAAAGAGUCACAAUCAAUCAAAGCAAUUAAUACAGCAGAUACAGUGAUAAGUGGAUUUUGCACCACUCAAAUACAGGAAAUAGAUGGCUAUAAAAGAUAGAUCCUCAGUUGGGGUGGCAUGCACAUUGCUACACACACAAACACACACACACACACACGUAUACACUGGGGUUGGCACAAUGAUCAAAAUUACAAAAUUAUUUUGGUUAAGGUUGAGAAGAAGUGUGGUCAAUGAUGCAACACAAAUCAAUUUGGUUGUUUACCAACAUUUAUGGUGAUAAAAGCAGCUAUGGUGGUUUAAUAUGAUCAUAAUAUUGUAUGUGAAGCACUUUGCACUGCUAUUAUUGUACAAAACAUGUUAUUGAGCAAAAAUAUAAAGACAUUUUCCAUAUGCACAAAAAGCUUAUUUCUCUCAAAUGUUGUACACAUUAGUUUAUGAGUAUUUCUCCUUUGCCAAGAUAAUCCAUCCACCGGACAUGUGUUUCAUAUCAAGAAGCUGAUGAAACAGCAUGAUCUUUACACAGGUGCACCUUGUGCUGGGGAAAGUAAAUGCCACUCCAAAAUGUGCAGUUUUGUCACACAACACAAUGCCACAGAUGUCUAAAGUUUUGAGGGAGCGUGCAAUUCACAUGCUGACUGCAGGAAUGUCCACCAGAGCUGUUGCCAGAGAAUUGAAUGUUCAUUUCUCUACCAUAAAAUGCCUCCAACGUUGUUUUAGAGAAUUUGGCAGUAUGUCCAACCGGCCUCACAACUGCAGACCACGUGUAACCACGCCAGCCCAGGACCUCCACAUCCAGCUUCUUCACCUGCGGAGUAAUCUGAACCAGCCACGUGGAAAGCUGAUGAAAAUGUGGGUUUGUACAAGCAAAGAACUUCUGCACAAACUGCCAAACUAUCUCUUGACCUGACUGCAGUUUGGCGUCGUAACCGACUUCAGUGGGCAAAUGCUCACCUUAGAUAGCAACUGGCACACUGGAGAAGUGUGCUCUUCAAGGAUGAAUCUAGUUUCAACGUCGUGUCGGCAAGCAGAUUCAAUGUUGUGAACAGAGUGCCCCAUGGUAGCGGUGGGUUUAUGGUAUGGUUAGGCAAAAGAUAGGGACAACGAACACAGUUGCAUUUUAUCAAUGGCAAUUUGAAUGCACAGAGAUCUUGAGGCCCGUUGUCGUGCCAUUCAUCCGACGCCAUCACCUCAUAUUUCAUCAUGAAAAUGCACGGCCCCAUGUCGCAAAGAUCUGUAAACAAUUCCUAGAUGCUGAAAAUGUCCCAGUUCUUCCGUGGUCUGCAUUCUCACCAGACAUGCCACCCAUUAAGUAUGUUUGGGAUGUUCUGGAUUUAUGUGUUGGACAGCAUGUUCCAGUUCCCGCCAAUAUCCAGCAACUUCGUACAGCAAUUGAAGAGGAGUAGGAUACAUUCCACAGGCCACAAUCAACAGCCUGAUCAACUCAAUGCGAAGGAGAUGUGUCAUGCUGCAGGAUGCAAAUGAUGGUCACACCAGAUACUGACUGGUUUUCUGAUCCACACCCUCACCUUUCUUUAAGGUAUCUGUGACCAAUAAAUGCAUAUCUGUAUUCCCAGUCAUGGGAAAGUCAUAGAUUUGGGUCUAAUUAAUUAAUUUCAAUUGACUGAUUUCCUUAUAUGAAAUGUAACUCAGUAAAAUCUUUGAAAUUGUUGCAUGUUGCGUUUAUAUUUUUGUUCAGUGUAAAUACAGAUUUAUUUGGUUUAAUAUUAUUGUCCCAACCCUACCCACAGGAUCUGGCUGAGCACCUAGUAACCCACGGUCACCGCUUGAGCUCCAGGGACCACAGGGAGCUGAGCAGCCGCUUCUGCCUGGGCGAGGAGAACUCUCGCUGGGCUAUGGACCGCCGUGUGGCCCUGGCCAUGGCCAACUUGGAUAUCCCCCACACCUGGAACGUACUGGCUAGUCCUUCUGGAGAGGGUGAGAGGGGGUUUCUUUACAUGAUACAACUGCUAGGUCUAAGUUGCACGUGACAUUUGUAUUGUUUUCAUACAAUACAAGCAUCAACAUAGAGAGCUGACUGCUUGGUCUAAGUCAAUGCAUACAAUAAAGAAAAUACUUUACAAGUACGGAGUUGCAGAUGUAGCCACACGUGCUACAAAAUAAUUAUUGUGUGAGAUUAUUUAGGAUGAGUGAAAAGUUGGACAGAAUUCUUAGUAGUUCUUCUCAUUGUCUUUGCUCAACCGUGGCUGUGUCCAAGCCUCCAAAUAAGUUGAACUCUUCAACUUUUAUUUCCUCUAUUUCUUUAUCUCCAUUCCUUCCAUCUCUUCUGUCUUUCCUUUGUCAUUCAGUUCAUUUUUGCAAGCUGGCUGCCCAGCAGUCGGAAGUGGCCAUGGCUACAUGGCAUGUGGAGCUCUGUUAAAUUCAUCAAUGCCAAUUAACCAGCGUGUUAUUUGAUUAGGAGAGCUUCACGGACUGGAAGUAGCCCUAGGGUAUAGGCAGGGUUAAAUAAGCGUGUGUGUGUGUAUGUGUGUGUGUGCGCCUGCGUGUGUAUUUGUCUGUGUGUGUGCGCGUGUGUUUGUGUUUCACGUGGGUGUGUAUAGACCUCUAACGUAAAUGACAAAUCUCAUUAAGGCAUUAAUGUAGUUAUGGCAGUCUGUUUCAUAGCAAAACGACACAAAUGUCUCUCCAUGAAUUUCCACAGUUAAGUGAUCUAAUUGGGUAACAUGGCCUAUGACAUCAGACUUUUACCAUUGUGAGCAUAAUACAGUGGGGGAAAAAAGUAAUUAGUCAGCCACCAAUUGUGCAAGUUCUCCCACUUAAAAAGAUGAGAGAGGCCUGUAAUUUUCAUCAUAGGUACACGUCAACUAUGACAGACAAAAUGACAAAAUAAAAUCCAGAAAAUCACAUUGUAGGAUUUUUAAUGAAUUUAUUUGCAAAUUAUGGUGGAAAAUAAGUAUUUGGUCAAUAACAAAAGUUUCUCAAUACUUUGUUAUAUACCCUUUGUUGGCAAUGACACAGGUCAAACGUUUUCUGUAAGUCUUCACAAGGUUUUCACACACUGUUGAUGGUAUUUUGGCCCAUUCCUCCAUGCAGAUCUCCUCUAGAGCAGUGAUGUUUUAGGGCUGUCGCUGGGCAACAUGGACUUUCAACUCCCUCCAAAGAUUUUCUAUUGGGUUGAGAUCUGGAGACUGGCUAGGCCACUCCAGGACCUUGAAAUGCUUCUUACGAAGCCACUCCUUCGUUGCCCGGGCGGUGUGUUUGGGAUCAUUGUCAUGCUGAAAGACCCAGCCACGUUUCAUCUUCAAUGCCCUUGCUGAUGGAAGGAGGUUUUCACUCAAAAUCUCACGAUAUAUGGCCCCAUUCAUUCUUUCCUUUACACGGAUUAGUCGUCUUGGUCCCUUUGCAGAAAAACAUCCCCAAAGCAUGAUGUUUCCACCCCCAUGCUUCACAGUAGGUAUGGUGUUCUUUGGAUGCAACUCCGCAUUCUUUGUCCUCCAAACACGACGAGUUGAGUUUUUACCAAAAAAGUUCUAUUUUGGUUUCAUCUGACCAUAUGACAUUCUCCCAAUCCUCUUCUGGAUCAUCCAAAUGCACUCUAGCAAAGUUCAGAUGGGCCUGGACAUGUACUGGCUUAAGCAGGGGGACACGUCUGGCACUGCAGGAUUUGAGUCCCUGGCGGCGUAGUGUGUUACUGAUGGAAGGCUUUGUUACUUUGGUCCCAGCUCUCUGCAGGUCAUUCACUAGGUCCCCCCGUUUGGUUCUGGGAUUUUUGCUCACCGUUCUUGUGAUCAUUUUGACCCCACGGGGUGAGAUCUUGCGUGGAGCCCCAGAUUGAGGGAGAUUAUCAGUGGUCUUGUAUGUCUUCCAUUUCCUAAUAAUUGCUCCCACAGUUGAUUUCUUCAAACCAAGCUGCUUACCUAUUGCAGAUUCAGUCUUCCCAGCCUGGUGCAGGUCUACAAUUUUGUUUCUGGUGUCCUUUGACAGCUCUUUGGUCUUGGCCAUAGUGGAGUUUGGAGUGUGACUGUUUGAAGUUGUGGACAGGUGUCUUUUAUACUGAUAACAAAUUCAAACAGGUGCCAUUAAUACAGGUAACGAGUGGAGGACAGAGGAGCCUCUUAACGAAGAAGUUACAGGUCUGUGAGAGCCAGAAAUCUUGCUUGUUUGUAGGUGACCAAAUACUUAUUUUCCACCAUAAUUUGCAAAUAAAUUCAUAAAAAAUCUUACAAUGUGAUUUUCUGGAAUUUCUUUUCUCAUUUUGUCUGGUCAUAGUUGACGUGUACCUAUGAUGAAAAUUACAGGCCUCUCUCAUCUUUUUAAGUGGGAGAACUUGCACAAUUGGUGGCUGACUAAAUACUUUUUUUCCCCACUGUAUGAAAACCCCACUUACCCUCUGUUUUAAUAUUUAGGGUAUAUUAGGCAUAAGUGAAUAUAGAAUAAGUGGUAGAUGGAGAGUUCACCGCUAAAUCCAAGUUUGUACGAUGUUUUCAUACCUAAAAAGUGGAUAGAGUAAAGUUAUCCGCUCGACUUGAGACCACCUUUGAGGUACCAGCUUCAUGCAUACAACCCAGUUGUAGGGUUAUGGGACCAGCCAGGCAGUAUGGAGGUGGUUAGUGGGCCUUUAUUAGGGUAAACUGUAAACUGUGUUAACUAGGUUAGUAGAGCAGAGGUGUACAGUUUAGCAGAGGAGAUAAUUGGGACAGACAGCAGUGUUGGAAGUGGGGUCAACUGGGGAUGUUGGGGGUUAGGAGGUCCUAAUUGGGAAGGGUACUAGACGCUCGCUCUCCUCCGCUUGACACCCCUCGCGAGCUGAGGGAAGCGAGGCGCCGCGUCUGCUGCUGCGCGAUCGCGAGCUGAGACGGCGAGGGCGCGCGCGAGCGCUUCGGCGCUCGCGGGCCACACCGCUCGUCGCCCGCUUACGCAUCCCUCCUCGAUCUCUCCCUCGCUCCUCUCACGCUCGCCUCGCGGUCUCUCGAACCAUCAGAUCUCUACAACCAUCACCCCGCCCUCUUCUGCCCAACACAGCGCAGCCCCGUCUACGCCCAGUUUCACACCUCGCACCCUAUACAGCUCUCUCUCUCCAACACAAUCCCUUCUUUACUCGCUCUCUCGAUGUCACUCAUCUCGACUCCCAUCUCCCUUUAUCCCCUCUCUCUUCUCUCUACUCCCUCUCUUCUCUCAUCACAUGUCGUCUUCCAUCAUCCUCUCUCUCUCCUCUCCCCCUUUCCCCCAUCAGAAUUGUGUCCCAGAGAAUCCCCUCUUCACUUGGCUGUGCGCUGGGGUCUGUGUUGUCUGGCUGAGCUGCUGCUGUGCCAGCCUGGAGGACUGAUGGCAGUGACUCUGCCCAACGAGGAGGGGGUCACCCCCCUGCAGCUAGCACACAACAGCGGGCACACACAGCUACUGGAGCUGCUCACACAGUAAAAUAUAUACCAUUACAUUAUAUUACAUCAGACUAUUACUCGUAUAUACAUCUGUAUACUAUGAAAAAGGGGUAAGCAGGCACACAGAGCCUCUGGGGCUGCUCACACAGUCAUGCCCAAUUCCAAUUCGACCUCUAGCUCUAUACCCUUGUGGAGAAAUGAGAGGAUUGGAUAGGUGGAAGCAACAUGGCAAAAAGGUGUAGCUGUUAGAUAGAAACUCCUUGAAACCUCAUCCAAAUCAGAUAAGCAUGCAAAAAAUAUGUGAAAGGUGAAAAUGGGAAUUUCUGAUGUGGUAUGUCCUACCAAUGUGGCCUACUCAUGAAAAUAAAUAAUGAUUAAGCUAAUCUUUCCAACCCAUGUCAGAAUAUUAUUAAAAUAUAGAAUGAUAGGGAUCUAUUUAAGGGUUAAUUAUAACCCUCAUGUCUCUAUUCCCAAGAUGUGACAGGAUCAUUGAUGGCACACUCCCACACUGAACACUGUCACAUUCAGUCACACACAUUUGGCACUGUAUAGUUGACUGUCACUUGGCAUUUUAUGCCCUUGAGUUGGUCUCUUAAGUCACAUGCUAAACUGAGGAGAUGCCAUGUGGUCACUCUUUCAGCUACUGCUCUAGUGUACACACUACAUGGCCAAAAGUAUGUGAUUUGGCUAUUUCAGCCACACCCGUUGCUGACAGGUGCAUAAAAUCAAGCACACAGCCAUGCAAUCCCCAUAAACAAAACAUUGGCAAUAGAAUGGCCCGUACUGAAGAGCUCAGCGACUUUCAACUUGGCACCAUCAUAGGAUGCCACCUUUCCAACAAGUCCGUUUGUCAAAGAGCUGCCCCGGUCAACUGUAAGUGCCGUUAUUGUGAAUUGGAAACGUCUAGGAGCAACAACGGCUCAGCCCCGAAGUGGUAGGCCACACAUUUUACAUUUACAUUUUAGUCAUUUAGCAGACGCUCUUAUCCAGAGCGACUUACAAUUAGUGAGGGCCCCCGUGGCCCCCCACACAAGCUCACAGAGUUCUGAAGCAUGUAGAGCGUACAAAUCGUCUGUCCUCGGUUACAACACUCACUAUCGAGUGCCAAACUGCCUCUGGAAGCAACUUCAGCACAAUAACUGUUCGUCUGGAGCUUCAUGAAAUGGGCUUCCAUGGCCGAGCAGCCACGCACAAGCCUAAGAUCACCAUGCACAAUACCAAGCGUAGGCUGGAGUGGUAUAAAUGAGAAUGCUACCUGCCCCAAUGCAUAGUGCCAACUGUAAAGUUUGGUAGAGGAGGAAUAAUGGUCUGGGGCUUUUUUUCAUGGUUUGGGCUAGGCGCCUUAGUUCCAGUGAAGGGAAAACUUAAUGCUACUGCAUAAAAUGACAUUCUAGACGAUUCUGUGCAUCCAACUUUGUGGCAACAGUUUGGGGAAGGCCCUUUCCUGUUUCAGCAUGACAAUGCCCCCGUGCACAAAGCGAGGUCCAUACAGAAAUGGUUUGUCGAGAUCGGUGUGGAAGCACUUGACUGGCCUGCACAGAACCCUGACCUCAACCCCAUCAAACACCUUUGGGAUGAAUUGGAACGCCGACUGCGAGCCAGGCCUAAUCGCCCAACAUCAGUGGCCAACCUCACUAAUGCUCUUGUGGCUGAAUGGAGCUAGUCCCCGCAGCAAUGUUCCAACAUCUAGUGGAAAGCCUUCCCAGAAGAGUGGAGGCUGUUAGAGCAGCAAAGGGGGGACCAACCUGAUUUUGGAAUGAGAUGAUCAAUGAGCAGGUGUCCACAUACUUUUGGUCAUGUAGUGUCUCUCUGCCCUAACAAUGAGAGUCGUUGUCCACAAAGCAUUACGGCGGGCUGUCAAGCUCCUGUCUAUUCCUCUUUUUGGAUUGGUGGAUACAUCUCAUUAUUUGAAUACAUUUAUGAAUAUUCAAUGAGGUUUGUUAACGUCAACCACAUGUAUUCAACGGAGACAAUGUAGUGUACAUCACAACAUGUUUGCCAUCCUUUUAAUUAAUUGAGUGUAAAUUGUGUGUAUUUUAUUGCUUUUGUGUGAUUCCUGCUUGCCGACCAAAUUUCCCUUUGGGAUAAGUGAUUGAUCGGUUGAUUGAUUGAAUGAUUCAUUGCCUGUCUUUCGUUAGCCCCCCCAACCCCCUGGCCACACCCCCGGCGGGUCUGUCCCAGGUGUGGGUGGUCCACUCUCAUCUGCUGAGGUUCUGUCACGACUCAGAGAACCUGACGCUGACAGUCCGACAGAACCCACAGUGGAACCACCAGCAGAACCGACAGCCCGAUAUUCUCCUCCUGAGAGACAGACUGAGAGAUGACAACUUCCUCCGACAGGUCAGUAAAAUUCAAAUUCAAGACUUGAAAUGUCACAUACAGUGAGGGGAAAAAAAUAUUUGAUCCCCUGCUGAUUUUGUACGUUUGCCCACUGACAAAGACAUGAUCAGUCUAUAAUUUUAAUGGUAGGUUUAUUUGAACAGUGAGAGACAGAAUAACAAUAAAAAAUCCAGAAAAACGCAUAUCAAAAAUGUUAUAAAUUGAUUUGCAUUUUAAUGAGGGAAAUUAGUAUUUGACCCCUCUGCAAAACAUGACUUAGUAUUUGGUGGCAAAACCCAUGUUGGCAAUCACAGAGGUCAGACGUUUCUUGUAGUUGUCCACCAGGUUUGCACACAUCUCAGCAGGGAUUUUGUCCCACUCCUCUUUGCAGAUCCUCUCCAAGUCAUUAAGAUUUCGAGCCUGACGUUUGGCAACUCAAACCUUCAGCUCCCUCCACAGAUUUUCUAUGGGAUUAAGGUCUGGAGACUGGCUAGGCCACUCCAGGACCUUAAUGUGCUUCUUCUUGAGCCACUCCUUUGUUGCCUUGGCCGUGUGUUUUGGGUCAUUGUCAUGCUGGAAUACCCAUCCACGACCCAUUUUCAAUGCCCUGGCUGAGGGAAGGUGGUUCUCACCCAAGAUUUGACGGUACAUGGCCCCAUCCAUUGUACCUUUGAUGGGGUGAAGUUGUCCUGUCCCCUUAGCAGAAAAACACCUCCAAAGCAUAAUGUUUCCACCUCCAUGUUUGACCGGGUGAUGGUGUUCUUGGGGUCAUAGGCAGCAUUCCUCCUCCUCCAAACACGGCGAGUUGAGUUGAUGCCAAAGACCUCGAUUUUGGUCUCUUCUGACCACAACACUUUCACCCAGUUCUCCUCUGAACCAUUCAGAUCUUCAUUGGCAAACUUCAGACGGGCCUGUAUAUGUGCUUUCUUGAGCAGGGGGACCUUGCGGGCGCUGCAGGAUUUCAGUCCUUCACGGCGUAGUGUGUUACCAAUUGUUUUCUUGUUGACUAUGGUCCCAGCUGCUUUGAGAUCAUUGACAACAUCCUCCCAUGUAGUUCUGGGCUGAUUCCUCACCGUUCUCAUGAUCAUUGCAACUCCACAAGGUGAGAUCUUGCAUGGAGCCCCAGGCCGAGGGAGAUUGACAGUUCUUUUGUGUUUCUUCCAUUGGCGAAUAAUUCCACCAACUGUUGUCACCUUCUCACCAAGCUGCUUGGCGAUGGUCUUGUAGCCCAUUCCAACCUUGUGUAGGUCUACAAUCUUGUCCCUGACAUCCUUGGAGAGCUCUUUGGUCUUGGCCAUGGUGGAGAGUUUGGAAUCUGAUUGAUUGAUUGCUUCUGUGGACAGGUAUAUUUUAUACAGGUAACAAACUGAGAUUAGGAGCACUCCCUUUAAGAGUGUGCUCCUAAUCUCAGCUCGUUACCUGUAUAAAAGACACCUGGGAGCCAGAAAUCUUUCUGAUUGAGAGGGGGUCAAAUACUUAUUUCCCUCAUUAAAAUGCAAAUAAAUUUAAUUGUUUUUGAUUUGGAUUGUUUGGAAUUUUUUUGUUGUUAUUCUGUCUCUCACUGUUCAAAUAAACCUACCAUUAAAAUUAUAGACAGAUCAUUUCUUUGUCAGUGGGCAAACAUACAAAAUCAGCAGGGGAUCAAAUACUUUUUUUCCUCAGUGUAUACUGUACAUCUCCCAACAGGAGAUCAGGGUUCAAUCCCUGCGUCCACCCUUCCCACUGUUUCUCUCACUUGUGUUAAACAAAUGAAAAUAUAUUUGAGAUUUGAGAUUCUUCAAAGUAGCCACACUUUGCCUUGAUGACAGUGUUGCACAUUCUCUCAACCAGCUUCAUGAAGUAAUCACCUAGAAUGCAUUUCAAUUAACAGGUGUGCCUUCUUAAAAGUUAAUUUGUGGAAUUUCUUUCCUUCUAAAUGCGUUUGAGCCAAUCAGUUGUGUUGUGACAAGAUAGGGGUGGUAUACAGAAGAUAGCCCUAUUUGGUAAAAUACCAAGUCCAUAUUAUGGCAAGAACAGCUCAAAUAAGCAAAGAGAAAUGACAGUCCAUCAUUACUUUAAGACGGAAAAAGUUUAUUCAAGUGCAGUCGCAAAAACCAUGAAGCACUAUGAUGAAACUGGCUCUCAUGAGGACCGCCACAGGAAUGGAAGACCCAGAGUUACCUCUGCUGCAGAGGAUAAGUUCAUUAGUUACCAGCCUCAGAAAUUGCAGCCCAAAUAAAUGCUUCACAGAGUUCAAGUAGCAGACACAUCUCAACAUCAACUGUUCAGAGGAGACUGUGUGAAUCAGGCCUUCAUGGUUGAAUUGCUGCAAAUAAACAAAUACUAAAGGACACAGAUAAGAAGAAGAGACUUGCUUGGGCCAAGAAACACGAGCAAUGGACAUUAGACCGGUGGAAAUGUGUCCUUUGGUCUGGAGUCCAAAUUUGAGAUUUUUGGUUCCAACCGCUGUGUCUUUGUGAGACGCGGUGUGGGGGAACGGAUGAUCUCCGCAUGUGUAUUUACCACCGUAAAGCAUGGAGGAGGAGGUGUUAUGGUGUGGGGGAGCUUUGCUGGUGACACUGUCUGUGAUUUAUUUAGAAUUCAAGGCACACUUAACCAGCAUGGCUACCACAGCAUUCUGCAGCGAUACGCCAUCCCACCUGGUUUGGGCUUAGUGGGACUAUCAUUUGUUUUUCAACAGGACAAUGACCCAACACACCUCCAGGCUGUGUAAUGGCUAUUUUAUCAAGAAGGAGUGAUGGAGUGCUGCAUCAGAUGACCUGGCCUCCACAAUCCGCCGACCUCAGCCAAACUGAGAUGGUUUGGGAUGAGUCGGACCGCAGAGUGAAGGAAAAGCAUCCAACAAGUGCUCAGAAUAUGUGGGAAUUCCUUCAAGAGUGUUGUAAAAGCAUUCCAGGUGAAGCUGGUUGAGAGAAUGCCAAGUGUGUGCAACACUGUCAUCAAGGCAAAGGGUGGCUAUUUGAAGAAUCUCAAAUAUAAAAUAUAUUUUGAUUUGUUUAACACUUUUUUGGUUACUACAUGAUUCCAUUUGUGUUAUUUCAUUGUUUUGAUGUCUUCACUAUUUUUCUACAAUGUAGAACAUAGUAAAAAAUAAAGAAAAACCUUUGAAUGAGUAGGUGUUCUAAAACUUUGACCAGUAGUGUAGCUGCGAGCAGCAAUGAACGGGGUUCACAGGAUGACAAAAAGGACACAAGAUCAGUUGGAUAACAAAGCAAGCACUCUAUCAUGUUGGAACUAUCUUAAUUUAUGUGCAAUCAUGAGUCUAAAUACAAAAUCUGGAGUGAAUCUGACGUAUGGUUGAUGAGGAGAAGAUACUUUUUUGCUUUAGUGUCAUAUAUGCAAAUAAUGAGUUGUUAAUCGUUUCCUUGUUUUUUGAGGCAAUCAUACAAUCAAAACCAAAUUCAGUGUGGUUCAUCUUAGGGAUAUCCAUGAUAGCGAUGAUAGAUUUUAAGUUGAUAGGCCACUGUGGAGUGGUUUAAAUGGACAUGUAAAAUCAGAUUUUUGAUUUGUCAAUAACUUAGCCAAGUUAAGACAUGUACCAUGGGCAUACAUUCCAAAUGUAGUGUCAUUUGGUCCUAUGGUUCAUGAGAAGAAGAUUUUUGAAGAAUUUUUAGCAUAUUUUAGCAUAUUAGCGUAUGUGCUAAUAUGCGUCUACUGGUAUAGUGUGGCCAUCUUUGAAUGCAUUAACGUUCUUUUCUCAAAGUCUUUAGGGCCCAUUGUUAUGAGUCCAAAGACCAUAUUUGGAGUGAAUCUGACUUUAAGUCCAUGAAAUAAGAUUUUGUAUGAUAAUUUUAAGCAUUACCAUUACAUAGUCAAAAAGUGAAUUGUUAAUAGUUUUUUUAUUUUUUAAGAUAUCAAUGCCAAACCUAACAUGAUUCAUAGUGGCAAUGUAUUUGAUGACCCUAAAAAGUUGGUAGGCCAUUGUGAAGUGGAUUUACAAAUGAUUUAAAUGGACACGUAAAAUCAGAUUUCGUGAUUUAUCAAUAACUCAGCCAUCUCUUAAAGACAUGCUCCGGUACAAACCUCUUUCUUUGGGCUGGAUGUGUCAAUGUGUAGCUCAAACAUGCAUAAUCUAUGAGCAGAAUUACUGUCUUACCUCAAUUAGACAUGAAAUCCCUAGUUUUCUUGAAGCUGUGCUGCAGCAUUUGUCCUAAAUUUCCCCCCACGUGGACUAGCCCCCUAGCAAUUUGAGUUCUAGCCAAUGAGCUUCAGCCCCUCGCAUUUGAUUGACAGCUAGCAAGAGGCUUGUCCAGCGGUAUCCAAUGAGGUUUUAUGGCGGGUCCAACGGAUCAGUGGACACAGCAGACAGACAGAGAGAGAGUGAGCAAUGAGGUGGUGCACAUAUCUGCACAUAUGUGAUGUAGUAUGCAAUUUUCAGGGACCACUUUUGGCUUGUGAGUGCUACUUUCAGAACUACUGUCUAAAAAGUAUACAAAAGUAACGGAGAAUCUCUUUAUUCAAUCCCUUAGCUUUUCUUAAACCAAGUUAAGAGAAGUUUUCCAAAAUGUCCAAGAUGGAGGAAACUUUAUCCUGACAGACCUUAUGGGUCCUUGAGGCAAAUUUGUUCAGCAUGAGGAAAGGCACCAACAUACAAAGUCUUAAGUCUCAAGGUCAACCGGGGUGGCAGAUAUGUGGCAGAUAGGAUUGGCAGAUAGGGUUUAAGUGAGACUGCUAAUAACAGUGCCGCCUAUAGGCCAAUCUUGGCCUCUUGUGUCUGCCAAAUUAGAAAAAAGUUACCAAUCUAUGCAUGAGUUAUUUGACACUGUGAACCCCUAAUAAUUGACUGACGGAAUUGAGAUGGAAUUGAUGCCAAUCUGAUAAUAACAUAAUUUUACUGUUCUCGUUUAUUUGCUGUUAGAUCAAGGCCCUGAGAAGAGGGCAGUCAGAGACCAUACUGGAGAAAGAAGAACUAGUGGAUGAACCAGGAGAGAAUGGUACUUUAGUUUGUUGUGUGUGUCCCAAACGGCACCCUAUUCCCUAAUAGUGCAGUAAGUGCCCAAAGGAUGCAUAAUUUGUCUUUGUCUGUGUAAUUUCAUCAAUCCAUGUAGUCCAAAGCGCUUGUUCUAGCUAACACAGCCUGUUCCACUCUGGGUAGAUAUGCUCAUAGGCAGUGAUCCAGGAUCAGCUUACACUCCCCAAAUCCUAACCGUAACCAGGGGGCAACCUCAUCCUACUCCGACUUUGCGAGGACAGGAGGGCCCAAUCGCAAAUCGACCCCUAAACCCUACAACCUAUGCAUUUGUGGAGAUCUGACUGGAUUUGACAGGUGUAAGCAAUAUGGCAAUAGCUCCAUCUUGCCCUCUGAUAGACUAGGUGGAAGUCUCACCAAUUUGAUUUGAUUUUGUGGAAGCUAGAUCAAUGCCCUGAGAAGAGAGCAGUCAGAGCCCAUACUGGAGAAAGAAGAACUAGUUGACGGGAUUAGCCCAAGCUCUCGUUGGCUCAGAUUGUUUGAAUCACUGAACUGUAUUGCCCUCCACUGGGAUAUAGGAGUACUACCAGUCUAAGUAAACCAAGCCCAAGCUGACCUAUCUGUUUUAUAUAGUCUGAAACUGACUAGCGCACGGUGAGGCAACUUUAACUUUAUGCCCAUGACCUUUAUGUAAAUUAUGCAUUGCACAAUAGCUUGAGUUAAGUGCUCAAGAUGGGAUUCAUUCUAAAGUGGACAAUUGGGUGUGUUAGUUUGAACCCAUUCUGGACUCAUCAUUCCAGCUUGUAAAUAGUAUGCAUUAAACCAGAGUGAAUGAGUGACUAUUCCUCUCAAAGUUGGAUGUCGAAUACUCGAAAAUAUAACUGGCACAGGCCUUGCAGGCUGACAGGGCAGGCCCAGUGUGAGUUCCAAAUGGCAAGGGCCCAUAGGGUCUCUAAACGUUCUCCAAACCUCUCUCUCUCUCCCUCUUCCAGUGUCCUAAAAUGUAUUCAUUAAUGUGUACACUGCCACUUAAAGGACUAAAGAACUCCCCUACGUACGGACGCAAUUAAUGGCGAAAUUCUAACCCUAACACUAAUUCUAACCUUAACCCCCUAGAAAUAGCAUUUGACCUUGUGGGGACCAACAAAAUGCACACACACACACACCCUUUAAACCCACUAUUCUCCUUUGAGAUCCCUCUUUCAAAGUCACUGAGAUCUCUUCUUCUAGCCAUUUCUUCUAUUUGUAUUUGUAUUUAUUAUGGAUCCCCAUUAGCUGCUGCCUUGGCGAAACUACAAAAUGGCGAUCCUGUGUAGUUGUGUAGCCAAAAUACGCAGACGUGCGCAGACCCGCAAUUUGUAACUCUACACAAGAUCGGCAUUUUGUGUAGCUAAUGCGUUCUUGCGUUGUGUACAUAGGUAAGGUAUGAAUUAGGCUGAAAGACUAAUGCAGAAUUACCCUUCAUGUUGUCUGACUGGUGACUGAUUAUGCACCAUGGCCUUGGAUAGCAAAGAAUCGAUCUCAUUUAUGAAUGGUCCAGGGUUGGGGUCAAUUACAUUUAACUUCUAGUCAAUUCAGAAAGUAAACCAAAUGCUCCUAAUUAAAAAACAUUGAAAUGGAAUUAAUCCCAACCCUGGUAUGGAGUUGGUAGCAUUCUAUAGACUUGCAUAUGGAGCUCAAAUACAAAAUUGCAAAAAUUAAGGAAACACUACGAAGUAUAUUGAAAGCAGGUGCUUCCACACAGGUGUGGUUCCUCAGUUAAUUAAGCAAAUAAAACAUCUGAUUAUGUGUAGGGACAUGCCCAGUUGCCCAUUAUUAAAAAUGCCCAGUUGGCCAUUAUUUUGUAUACCAUAACUUACGUGUCAUGGCUUUACACCCCCUGCUAUAUUGUGGAUAAAGAGUUACCUCUCUAACAAAACACAGAGGGUGUUCUUUAAUGGAAGCCUCUCCAACAUAAUCCAGGUAGAAUCAGGAAUUCCCCAGGGCAGCUGUCUAGGCCCCUUACUUUUUUCCAUCUUUACUAACGACAUGGCACUGGCUUUGAGUAAAGCCAGUGUGUCUAUGUAUGCGGAUGACUCAACACUAUACAAGUCAGCUACUACAGCGACUGAAAUGACUGCAACACUUAACAAAGAGCUGCAGUUAGUUUCAGAAUGGGUGGCAAGGAAUAAGUUAGUCCUAAAUAUUUCAAAACCUAAAAUCAUUGUAUUUGGGACAAAUCAUUCACUAAACUCUGAACCUCACCCAAAUCUUGUAAUGAAUAAUGUGGAAAUUGAGAAAGUUGAAGUGACAAAACUGCUUGGAGUAACCCUGGAUUGUAAACUGUCAUGGUCAAAACAUAUUGAUACAACAGUAGCUAAGAUGGGGAGAAGUCUCUCCAUAAUAAAGCGCUGCUCUGCCUUCUUAACAGCACUAUCAACAAGGCAGGUCCUACAGGCCCUAGUUUUGUCGCACCUGGACUACUGUUCAGUCGUGUGGUCAGGUGCCACAAAGAGGGACUUAGGAAAAUUGCAAUUGGCUCAGUACAGGGCAGCACGGCUGGCCCUUGGAUGUACAGAGAGCAAAAAUUAAUAUGCAUGUCAAUCUCUCCUGGCUCAAAGUGGGGGAGAGAUUGACUUCAUCACUACUUGUAUUUGUGAGAGGUAUUGACAUGUUGAAUGCACCGAGCUGUCUGUUUGAACUACUGGCACACAGCUCGGACACCCAUGCAUACCCCACAAGACAUGCCACCAGAUGUCUCUUUACAGUUCCCAAGUCCAGAACAGACUAUGGGAGGCGCACAGUACUACAUAGAGCCAUGACUACAUGGAACUCUCUUCCACAUCAAGUAACUCAGGCAAGCAGUAAAAUUAGAUUUAAAAUACAUACAAAAAAAUACACCUUAUGGAACAGCGGGGACUGUGAAGAGACACAAUCAAAGACACAGACACAUGCAUACGCACACAAGAUAACAUACGCACUAUACACACACAUGGAUUUUGUGUUAUAGAUAUGUGGUAGUAGAGUAGGGACCUGAGGGCAGACACUUACUGUGUUGUGAAAUCUGUUGUGAAUGUAUUGUAAUGUUUAAAAAAUUGUAUAACGGCCUUAAUUUAGUUGGACCCCAGGAAGAGUAGCUGCUGCCUUGGCAGCAGCUAAUGGGGAUCCAUAAUAAAUACAAAUACCAUGGCUAGAAGAAGAGAUCUCAGUGACUUUGAAAGAAGGAUCUCAAAGGAGAAUAGUGGGUUUAAAGGGUGUGUGUGUGUGUGCAUUUUGUUGGUCCCCACAAGGUCAAAUGCUAUUUCUAGGGGGUUAAGGUUAGAAUUAGUGUUAGGGUUAGAAUUUGGUUUAGGGUUUGGGUUAGGAGAUAGGGUUAGAUUUUUGGGUUAGGGUUAAGGUUAGGGUUAGGGUAAGGGUACGGGUUAGGUUUAGGGUUAGGGUGUUAGGGAAAAUAGGAAUGGGAAUUGAAUGGGACUGAAUUGUAUGUCCCCACAAGGUUAGCUGCGCAAGACUGUGUGUGUGUGUGUGUGUGUGUGUGUGUGUGUGUGUGUGUGUGUGUGUGUGUGUGUGUGUGUGUGUGUGUGUGUGUGUGUGUGUGUGUGUGUGUGUGUGUGUGUGUGUGUGUGUGUGUGUGUGUGUGUGUGUGUGUGUGUGUGUGUGUGUGUCUCAGUCACCAGAUCUCAACCCAAAUGAACACUUAUAGGAGAUUCUGGAGUGGCGCCUGAGACAGCAUUUUCCACCACCAUCAACAACCCAACGUUGUUGCCACUUCAUUUCAACCCAAAUAAAUCUAUGUGAUGAUGUUGAAUGAAUGUGGAAAACUAAUUUUGUCUUUUUUUUCACCCAAAUUUUAACCUAAAUCCAAUGACAUGGUGAAAUGUUUUGUUGAUUUCACUUUGAAUUUAUUUUAGUUGACAACUCAACCAAAUGUAAAUCAAAUCUAGACGUUGAAUUGAUGUCUGUGCUUAGUGGGAAAACACCAAAUUAUGGAAUUUCUCGUGAAAGAGAUCCCUCCAAUAGAGUUACAGACACUUGUAGAAUCUAUGCCAAGGUGCAUUGAAUCUGUUCUGGUGGCUCGUGGUGGCCCAACACCUUAUUAAGACACUUUAUGUUGGUGUUUCCUUUAUUUUGGCAGUUACCUGUAUGUCAUAUAGAGCAGUCUUUGAACAACUACUGGACUUGUUUUGAAUGGCUGUUUCAAAUGUUAUCAUUUCUGUCUGACCUUAUCAUCAUCAUCAUGCUUAUGUUACCUUUUCUUUGUCAAGGUUUGUAUCCUGUCAUCACUGCAGGCAGUACAGCUACAGUAGACAAUGUGAGUAGUGACUAAGAAAUACCUUUUACACUUUGAGUAUUACCUAUAUGACCCCAAACUCUUUAUUUUACUCCACAUACUGUAUAUGAAAGUUCAUUCAACCGGCUAAAUUCACUGCUGAAUGGUAGAAUGUUCGCUAAAACAGAACAUCGGGGAUUUGUGUUCUGAUUCAAUACUCUACAUUGUUCCAUUCUGAGUGGCGCAGUGGUCUAAGGCACUGCAUCGCAUUGCUAACUGUGCCACUAGAGAUCCUGGUUCGAAUCCAGGCUCUGUCGCAGCCGGCCGCGACCGGGAGACUCAUGGGCGGCGCACAAUUGGCCCAGCGUCGUCCAGGGUAGGGGAGGGAAUGGCCGGCAGGGAUGUAGCUCAGUUGAUAGAACAUGGCGUUUGUAACGCCAGGGUUGUGGGUUUGAUUCCCACGGGGGGCCAGUAUAAAAAAAAUAUAUGUAUUCACUAACUGUAAGUCGCUCUGGAUAAGAGCGUCUGCUAAAUGACUAAAUGUAAAUGUAUUGUUAGGGUGUUCGAGUUGGUAUCAAAUUGGUGAAAAGUAACUUUUAUGAGAGGUGUGUGUGCGUGCUCGUGUGUGUGAGGUGUUUGUGUUCAUGUUCAUGGUCAUAGUGUGCUACAUCCUUCAGGAUAGGUUUAUGUGAUGCAGGUGGAAGGAAAUUGACUACACGUACACACACUCAUACACACACAAACACACGUGCGCAUACACACACGCACGCACAGACAUGGGCGUGUGUACAACACACACAGAGAGUCCAGGUACCAUGCACAAACCUUCUUCUCACUCCCAUUUUUCUCAGCCUGUGUAGCAUUGUGAAAAGACUCUGUGUCGAUGUCUCCAUUCAGGACUUGGAGGAGCCCCUCAUGUUUUGUCUAAAAGAAGAAGAAGAAGAAGAAGAAGAAGAAGAAGAAGAAGAAGAAGAAGAAGAAGAAGAAGAAGAAGAAGAAGAAGAAGAAGAAUCCCUGA